AUGCCUCAGCUGAACGGGAAAGAGGUUGGCAGCAUCGGCUUCGGCCUGAUGGGCCUGACCAGGAGUGACGUGCCGGAGGAGCGGGCCUUCGCGACGCUGCGCAAGGCGCUCGAAACGGGCUGUAACGCGUGGAACGGCGGCGAGUUCUACGGAACCCCCGACAACAACUCCUUGACGCUGCUCAACAAGUACUUCGCCAAGUACCCGGAAGACGCAGAGAAGGUCUCGCUCAACAUCAAGGGCUGCGUUCUGCCGGGCCUAGUCAUCGAUGCCAGCAAAGACCAGGUGUACAAGAGCGUCAACAACUGCAUCGAGAUGCUCGGAGACAAGAAGAAGAUUGAUGUCUUCGAACCCGCGCGUAGGGAUGCGAAGGUGCCGCUAGAGGAGACGCUGGGCGCGUUCGAGGAGUUGCGGAAGGAGGGGAAGAUUGGUGGGGUGGCGCUGAGUGAGGUUAGCGCGAACAGCAUCCGGGAGGCCGCACGCAUUACCAAGAUUCAGUCGGUGGAGAUUGAGUUGUCGCUCUGGGCGACGGAGCCGCUGACGAACGGUAUCCUGCAAGCUUGCAAGGAGCAUGAUAUUCCUGUCCUAGCGUACGGUCCCGUGGGUCAGGGAAUGCUCGCGGGCAAGUACAAGUCGUUCGACGACCUCCCCGCCGAUGACUACAAGAGGCAUUUCCCGCGCUUCCAGCCCGGCAAUUUUGAGAAGAAUCUCGAACUCGUGCACACGCUGGAGAAGUUCGCGAAGAAGAAGAACUGCACGCCAGCGCAGCUUGCCAUCAACUGGGUGCUGACCCUCUCCAAAAGGCCUGAUAUGCCCGUCAUCAUACCCAUCCCCGGUGCUACCACGGUCGAGCGUGUGGAGGAAAACUCGAAAAUUGUCGAGAUCACGGAGGAGGAGAUGCAGGAGCUUGAUAAGAUACUGGCGAGUUUUGAUGUUGUCGGAACGAGAUACCCUGAGCAUGUCAUGCACAUGACUAACACUUGA